GUAAUACUUAAUACAAACGUUAUGUCAAAACAUAUGAAAACAUUAAUGUUUUGGUUGUUUUGGUUGCGAUAAUAAAAGUCAUAAAUGGAUUUAUCAGACGAUUUACAACACUUUUACAUUGACUAUCACUUAACUAUCACUUAUCAUAUCUGAUCCCAAACUCAUACCUGUGAUGACUGACGAGACCCGUCGGACACGAGUGGGACUGACCACAGAAGAGGCACUCAAAAAGCUUUACCAACAAAUAGAUCAACAGUUGACUGAAUGUCAGGUGAAGCCCAAGAGUAGUGAGACAUUUCGGUAUGUGUUUCGGCAAUCUUUUGGUCACUCGAGUAUGAGUUCGACAUUCCGGUGGACAUCGAUUGUAUUGCUCUUGUAUUCAACGUUUGUCUAUUACAUGGCCUACGCUUACGGCCACUUCACGUCCAGUAUUCCCCUCUUCAUUGAGGCCACGAUUUUGGCAGUCAUUCUAGUCUUCAAUAUAGUGAUCACCUUUUGGAACACAAAAACAAGACAUCUAGAGAUCCAACGCAAAGCUAAACUGUUAUCAAAACAGAUCAAGAGUUAUAAUGACCAACAAUUGAUUGAUUUGUGGAAAUCAUUGCGAUAUUACCCGAACUUAAACACUCCUUAUUCGCCGUGUAUUUCACUUCAAUGGACUUAUCGGGAUAGCAAACGGAUCAAUUUGCCGACUCCACUGCUAGUGUCGGGAGAUGUCAUUCUUCUGAGUCCCGGUAGGGCUGCACCCGCUAAAUGUCGAUCCAUUGAAAAUAUAGCUGCAAAUCAAAGUCAUGCUAAUCACACAUUCUCUGAAUCCAAGAGUGACUAUUGUCUAAAUAUUGGUGAUUUGUUUGUACCGAGUGCUGGCAGUGCACCCGACUCUUUCACAACACCACGUCUGCGAAAAGCUGCCAAAGCCAUGAAAUUUGUGUUACUCGAGACGCCAUUUAUAAAUGAUCUCAAAACAGCCAUUUCUGUCCAAUCGACCCGAAAGUUCGCCACCGCUUUUGAGAAGGAAUUGAAUUUAAUAUUUUAUAAAUACAUUGAAAGACUUAUAAUACCUAUUAUUUGGAGCGUUAUUAUGAUAGUCAGUGCCAUUCAUUACGGAUAUUUAGAGUCAUUGGGCGACGAAACGGUGACCACUUGGUCGGCAUCUAUUACAUUAUUAUUGCUAAGACCUGUUAUGGCAAUAUUGCCACUUCUUCCAUUAGCACUGCCUCUAUGUUGGCUAUUGCUCAAUGUCUAUGGUUUAUCGCAUUUAUUUCAAAUCUGUGCCUCAAAUUUUGAUAAACAAGACAUUACUAACAUUCAGGGAAGUCCUGGAAGUAUAUUAACCGGCAGUAAUAUUGGCAGAAAUAAAGAACAGUAUUUUAAGUCAAGUAAUAAAGAGUUUUAUAUGGAAGAACUGGACUCUGAAAGAUCUAACGUUCCUCUUAUUGAUUCAAAAUUAAGUUGUUUUGAUAUGAUAUUAAAAAUGAAAGAAUUGCUUUCAAGCAAUGAUACAAACCUUUGGAGAACCGCUAACUUAUUGCAUGUUUUGGGAAGUAUUACAGCGUUUUGUUGUGUAGACAAAAAAGGUAUCCUUUCGUGGCCUAACCCUACAGUUGAUAAGGUAUACUUCCUUACCUCAAAAAAUAAUAAACAAAAUAAAAACGUUUCACAUGAAGAAAGUGAUAGCGACUCGGAUGACGAUUCAGACAAUUCUGAGAACCACUCAUAUCAUAAAAGGAAGAAAAGAAAGCAUAAGAGCUCCUUAAUGUCAAACUCAAAGGCCGAUUGCAUACAAUUAGAUAUAACACAUGAUCCACAUAACGCUUAUGGAUUACAAUUUGAUGACACAGAAUGGCACAAAUAUUUACCAAAUCUAAAACCUCUUGGAUUAGCCAUUUUGCUCAAUACGUGUAAUCAAGAAGCUCAGGAAGAAUUUAUCCAAUUCUGUGAUCACGUGACCUGUGAAUCACUACAUAAUGAAGCAGCUGUUCCUGUAGUCAAUAAGAGAUGUUUAUGUGAAUUGGCCCGACAGAUAGGAUUUACCGAAAAUGCCAUCAAAGGCUAUGAAUAUAAUUCUCAAAUUGCAAUGUUUAGACAUAUUAGACCAGAAGUUAUACAAAAGGGAAAACUUGCCAAAAGUCUUAACUUUCCACGACUUAAAAUGCCAUUUCCUAACAUGACUUCAGCUGUAAUUAAAGAUAUCUAUUCAAAUACCAAUCAAAUAUUUUCUCAGGGAACUGGAGAUCUUAUAUUAGAUGCUUGUAGUGAGUAUUGGGACGGACAUGACCUCUGUGUUCUCACGGACUCAGAUCGCAAAAGAAUUCUUGAUUUUUAUCACAGAAGUAGUUUAAUCUCUUAUUGUACAGCAUUUUCAUACGUUCCUCUCAAUUCAAUUCAGGAAACAAUUACUCUAAAUGAUUGUUACAUUGAAUUAACUCCCGAUUCAAGUCAUUUAUUUCCUUCACAAAAGAGCUUAGAUUCGAGUUUUCGGUCAUCAGAGCAUUCAAACCAUUUACAAGUUAUGAGCGAAAAAUUUUCGGCCACAAAAAAUGCUAUUCACGGCCACCACUUGAGUUCUGAUUCAUUAACAAAAUAUGAUGACAUUAACCACCGAUCCAAUAGACCAAAGUCUUCAGCUUCUAAUUCAUCCAAUGAUACCUAUCAUAUAGAGGUUCUUAUGCAUCAAAUGAGUAAUGAAGUAUUUAUUGGAAUGACGACAAUGCAAUAUCAGGCCUGUUCUGACUUUGUCAGACUUGUCGAACAACUUGAAGCCGCUUGUAUCCGUUUUGUUCACUUCUCCAAAGAGAAUGAACUAAGAAGUCGUGUCUUUUCCGAGAAGAUGGGACUCGAGUCGGGCUGGAAUUGUCACAUAUCUCUACUAAAUGAUGACAUACACAGUGAUUGUAAUUUAGGUACAAAUCAACCGUUUAAAGGCUCAAAUUUAUCGUUAAUACAAGAAUCACAAACUAUAACAAUGAAUGCAACUGUUUGUCGGUCUCAAAGUGCUCCGGGAUCUGUUAAUCUUGAAAUCUCAACCGUUAAGUUUGCAGAUGACUGUGAUAUUGAGGGAAUUGAUGAAAAUAUUUCUGAUGGCAGUCAACAUGAGAUCAAUGCAGAUAACGGGGCACUUCUGGAAAGAACAUCCAGUAACGAAAGUCGGCGUAUGAGUAAAGCCACAUCCAAUUUGUCUCCCUCUCCCAGUAGAAUCACAACGAGCACCGGGACUGAAAACUCGGCUCCCAUUGCAUUUGAUAUGUCUAAUCGGGCAAAACUUCCAAAAGGCAUUGAAAACAUAAGACCACAUCUUGAAAAUGUCGAUAACGUUCCACUUUUGGUCUCACUAUUCACUGAUUGUGAUCCAUCGGCCACUAAAGAAAUGAUUCAAAUUAUGCAGGAAUACGGAGAAGUUGUCUGUGUUAUAGGCAGUGCCGCCAAUAUUGCUAACAUUCCUAUAUUUCUUCAGGCAGAUGCCAGUAUUGGUGUUGAACCCAUGUAUCCACAAGUUUGUAUAACAGAACCCAUUAAGGAAGCUGAUGGAUAUAUUGAAUCUCUUCCCGAAAAUUUUAUUGGACCGACCGAUUUGGCCCGACAACUAAUAACACUUCCCUGUUCUUUAUCAUUGUAUCGUCAAAAUUCAAUGAUCUUUUAUCAGCUGAUUCUUGAAUCACGCGAUUAUAUGUUAAAAAUGAGAAAUAGUUUUCAAUUUUUUCUUGGCUCGUGUCUAAGCCUAAGUUUGGCCCAACUAUUAACUUCAUUAUUAUUUUUACCGCCACUGUUAUCAUCAGGAGUUGUCUUAUGGUUGGCCUGUAUUAUUCUUCCUAUUCUUAGUUCAUCACUCAUGGCUACUGAAGUGGACGAUAAAGUAAUGACUAUCGCUACGGGAAAGAAAUUACAUUUAAAUAAAGAGAGUGUAGUUUACUUUUUUAUGUGUUAUCUCAUAAAAUUUGCACCGUCUGUAUUGGUAAGUGUUCUUUGUUUUGGUCUGAUAAUUGGACACUCAUGUGGUGGUAUACCUGUGGGACAACUAACAGCAGGUCCCUGUUGGAUGUUUAGUGAUGUCAAAGCUAACACAUCCACAUCAGACACCGACUACUUUUGGGCCUCUCAUCUAAUCAUUGGUCAGACCAUUGCCUCACUGUUUCUAGUUUUAUAUAUAGUUAUCAUAUCAAUUGGUUUUGUUCAUCGAAAUCAUUUAAUUUGGCAAAGAAGUCCAUUGACUAAUAAGUGGUGGAUAUUUAUAUCAUUAUCACUGAUAAUGAGUCACGCGUUGCUUUGUAUUAUUGAAAUUAGUAUUUACGUGCGAUCAACACGUGUUGUCAUAGAAUUUGUCUCUUCCAUUCCGGCUUAUGUUUGGUGUCUGGGCUUUUUAUGGCCAUUUCCUCUCAUUUCAAUCAAUACAUUAACUAAAAGACAUGAAAUCAAAGUCUAUUGCCGUCAACAGCGAAGGGCACGACUCGAGUUUGGAACCAAACUGGGAAUGAAUUCGCCGUUUUAGACAAUUUUUAAGAGUAUUAUGUCGUUUGAGAGCUUUAUAAUUGUUUAAUAGAUAUAAUAUUAAUAU